AUGUCUUUUCAGAAGAAAAACGUUGCUGUUCCCAACCGGGCGGCCGUAGAUCGCAACUCCGGUAAUCCCCAUCCUCUCAGAGGUCCUCCAGCCAAUUCGUCUCAUCCAAGCGUCCAAGGUAGAAGCCCCAGGGCUCCCUUUACAGGUUCCACAGAAGCCCGGGGGACCUCUGGUGUGACACACGCUGUUCAACCCGUCCCAAACACAAAACCUUCACUUUUGCAGUCCAGUACGCCGACCGUGUCGUCUGGAUGCUUCGAUUUCGACAAACUGGUCGGUCAUAACGGCAUUCCUACCGGUACUCUGACUCUGCUAGAGGAAGAAUCGACUACAGAUUAUGCCAGCAUUCUGAUAAGAAUGUUUGCAGCACAGGGGUGCAUUGAUCGAAGGAAUGGCGGGUCUGAGGUGGCGGUGGUAGGAGCUAAUGAUGCAUGGGGACGACAAUUGCCAGGAGAGAGCGACAAGAAGAGCAGGUCCCGUGAUCCCAGCUCCAAGGCUGGCUCUGGAGCAAUGAAGAUUGCCUGGAGAUACGGCUAUAACAGUGAGGUGGAGCGAAAAGAGCAGCUUGCAGAGAACAACACAGCCACUUUCGAUCUAACUAAGAGACUGGGUGGUCCAGAGAUCUCAAAGAUUAGAUACUUGAAACCAGAUAAGUCGAUUGUUCCCGAAAUCAAAAAGCUCGCAUCCGCCGCGGCUUCCGAGAACUCGAUUCUGCGAGUAUGCAUUCCCACCUUCCUUCAUCCUGCUAUUUAUGAUAAGCAGAUGGCUGAUUCAGAUUACGUUAUUGGCCUUUUCACACAGCUCAGGGCCCUCACUAGAGAGUACAAGAGACAUCUUGUCAUUAUCGUGUCUCUGCCUCUGGUUCUGUACCCCAAAUCGUCUCCUUUGACUCGAUGGAUGGAACUUCUGGCUGACUGCGUGCUUGAUUUCUUCCCUUUUGACGUCAAAGUGCAGGAGCGAGAGUUCCAGGGCCUGGUGAAUGUUUCUAAGCUGCCAUGCCUGUCUGACAGAGGUCACAUGCUUGUUACUCAGAGCGAGUAUGCCUUCCGAGUGACGAAACGGACUUUUGAGAUUGACGAGUGGAGUAUCCCUGUUGAGGAGGAUGACGGAGAGAAGAAGGAGGAUGCCUUAGCCUUUUAA